AUGGACAUUAAACCAAAAGAACAAACCAAUCUAGUUGGUGAAUCAAUGUCCAGUAUCAAUAUAUCCAUGAAUAAAGGACGUUUCUCUCCAAACAAAGCUAAUUCAAGUAGCGGGCUAUGGUCUCAGUGGAUCAGAUAUCAAGUGAAACAUUAUAUGAUUCUGGAAGGACUCUUCCUCAUUUCUAUUCUAUUUCUUCUAAUCAAUUCUUAUAAUGUCUCUACUCAAAAUCACGAAACUAAUGAAAUGAUCUCAAACCUUCAAAACCGGGUCGCAUUUUUAGAAAACCAACUCAAUAUCAGUACGAAUUUUGAAACUUUCAAUGAAAUUUAUCCUGAAAAGGAAGAGGAGAAACCAAUCGAAAAGAAAGUUGUGAUUGAGGAUAUUGAAGAACCAAAAACUGCAAACGAAUCCAUUUCGGUCCAAGAGAAUCUCUCUACUUCAACUCCUAUUCCGGUUAUUUCAAAUGACUCAGUUCCCUUCAAUGCAGCAGAUAUAAUUCUUGGUGCAUCGAUUGACUAUGACCAAUCAUCCCAAGUCAUUUCUACUCGAGAAGGAUUCCUUGGUGACGUCGAAAACUUCUUCGGAACGGUUCAAAGUGACUAUGUUCUACUCGAUCGUGAUGAGUUGCCACUGAAUAAAGCAUGGUGUUCACUUGAGAAAUACCCAAUUCUAACUGUAAACUUAGCGAAACCGAUCAGGUUGAAUUCAGUCUCUUAUCAACACUUGAAAUGGAAUGGAACAAUUCCAGUAGAUGCACCAAAAUUAUAUGAAAUCAUGGCUUGUCUCAAUUCAAAUUGUGAGAAGUGGGAGCUUCUUGCUUCCAAUUGUGAAUACAAAAUGACGGAUGAGGAAAAUCAAGAACAAAACUGCACAAUCGUUGAACAACUCAAUUGGUAUCCAAUCAAUAAAAUCCGAAUCCGUUUCGUUGAAAAUCAAGGGAAUGUAAACAAAACAUGUGCAUAUCUUGUACGUGUUUAUGGAGAGCCAAUAGAAUUUGAAAAAGAAGAAGAAAAAGAAGAAAAAGAAAAAGAUUCAAAAAGCCAGAUGAGUGAUGAGGAGAGGCAGAUCAAACAACUCGAGAAAAUUAUGAAUGAAAAAAAGAAAAAGAAAGAAAAAGAAGAUGCGAAUUUGCAACAUUGUACUCAAUUGAAAUGGUUUCAUGAUAAUGCUCGAGUACUGUACAAUGCGAAGACGGAGAAGAACUGUGUUCCACUUUACUCAAAGAAUUGCUGUUCAGUGUGUCCAGAAUGUUGUCUGGAAUGCGAGAUGUCUCUUGGACUGUACAAUACUCUCUUGGCUCUCUCUAUCUUAUUCGGACCUACUUUGAUCAUCAUCGGGUUGUAUUUCGUUCUUCGUUCUUUCCAAUAUAUGUGA